AUGACGAAUUCGACACCGAAAAUGAACAAUAAAGUGGCGAGACAGGGGUCGCCUAACACGGGAGGUAAACGAUCACAGUAUCGAAAUGGUACAAUAAAAUCAACGACAUACUUCAGCAGUAAUAGUAGGCAAGUAAAAUAUAAUUCCGGAAGACUGAGUUGUAGUCCAGGCUGUGGAAAAAACAGCGGACAACUCAGAACUGAUUAUUCAGGAAACGGUAGUCCAACAAAUAGUUUUUAUGCGGGAGCUAAAUUUUCGGAGCCACCAUCACCAGCUAGUUUACCGAAACCACCAAGUCACUGGACCAGUAGACUCAUCAAUAGCUGUCAACGAUCUCAAAAUUAUUGUGCGAUUUCCAAUCAUUUGAAAAUGAUACUUAAUGUUCAAGCUUGA